AAGUAUUUCCAUACAUUAGUCUUGGUAGACCUUACUUGCAGCUAAAUGUUGAGAGCUUGAAAAGUAGAAGUGUUUGGACUAUAGGCGAUGGGAUGCUGACUCAGUGGCACAAUGUGGUCCCCGUCCGGUCGGGGCUCGACCCCCCUAUUCAUAGUGACGGGUUUUUUAUUGGAUUUGGGGGGUUGGACAGAGGUGAAUUCGAACGGAUAAGGCAAUCUGGCAGGGAAAGAUUAAUGGAACUCUCUCGACCAAAGGAUAUUAAAAUUGGAUACUUCACCAAUGUUGGGCAAGUAUUAUGGAAUUCCACUUCAAACAUAUUAUGUCCCAAUGUUAUGUGGGGAACCCAAGAGAUGCUUUGGCCUCUUAACCCUAAUAUCCAAAAGGCAAGCGAGAGGGUAGAACAGCUUGCCACACCUAAAAAGGAUUUCUCCACUGUGGACUCAAAGGGAAGGCCGUUAUUUUUAUACAGCUGUGGGAGGCCUUCACAGAUAUGGGAUGCACCACCUAGGACCCAGCAAGAAGCAUCUCAGAGAGUGCAGCUCCUAGCUAAUCCCAAAGCUUUCCAUUCUGGCUAUAAGGAAGAUAGGAUUGUCUUUGGACCAGAUGAAAUUCUGAAACUGUUCCCAAAGAGCCAAUUUUUCUAUAGCUGUGGUAGGAACAGUCCAAUCUGGACAGUCACACAGGGGGCAAAGUCAGCUGGAGAGAGACCCCGGACAAACCAGUUAGCCACCCACAGGAAUCCUGUAAGAGAGUUCCAGCCAGCUAGACAAAUAGAAACCAUCAUUCCUGGGCCAGCUCUCAGUGCGUCUGCCUCAGAACGACUACAGACACUUGCCACACCUAAAAAUCGCUCAGAAGGCCCUUUUAGAGACCCAAAAUGGCCUGUGACUCCAGCAGCUAAGAAUGCCAGUGCCAAGGCCAGGAGUCAAGAGCUUGCAAGACCUAAAGGAACAACUGAUGGAUACAUGCUUCCAAAAGAUGAGAUGUGGCCAAUUUCCAAAGCAGCGAAGCGAGCCACAGCAUCAGGUCGUGUAGGCGAAUUAUCCAAACCAGUUGUUCGAGCAUCAAUGGAUCAUGUGCAAUUUAAUCCUGAUGCAUUUGUAGUAAAAGAAACUGCCCUAAAAGGGGUUAUUCCAAAAAGAGUCUUCGACUUGGCUAAUCCAUCAUCAAGAUAAAUUAUUAUGUUAUUUAUUAAGCUAUAUGUGAUUACCAAACAGUAUUAUUAAAUUGUGUUUUGUUUUUUCUUUGUUGGAUAUGGGAUUUUCCAAACAUUUAUACAAAAUAUUGCUCAAUACCCAAAUAUCAUGUAACGAAAUUAAAAAAUCAUUUUGGUAAGUUGUAAAAAUACUGUCAAAUACAGGUAAUGAUUGUAAUUUAUUAUGAUUUAUAGAGAGAGAGACAAACAAGGAUUAAUUUCUGUUCUUGAUAAUUUGAUAUACAUCUCAACUUACUAAACAAUACAUAGUUAAUGACCAACCAUAUUAUUGUAUUUGAGAGUAUUUUUAUGAUUUAUUAAAACAGAUUUACUGUUUUUAUAUAAGAAAGUUGAUCUUUUGAUUAGAGUUUUAGUGUAUGUGUAUACUGUGUUCAGUGUUUUACUAUUGUGCAUGUUUAUCUUCUAAUUUUUCACGGUUGCUCUUUGGUCUCGUUUUUGACUCAGUGAUUUGGUACCUCACUCUCAUUAAAAAAAAUAAACUGUAAGAUCAGAUAUCUUUUCUACUGUAGCCACUAAUAUAGCCAUCACUCUCAGCAACAACAAAAAAUUGCCUACAGUCAGUGUUGUGAUCAAUUAUGAAUUCUUUUGAUGAUUUAAUCAGUGUGUUUACUUAUGUUGUAAAUUAAAAAGUGAAAAAACAUCAAA